ACUCUCUCUCACACACACUCUGACUCACACACACUGCAGCAGAGCACUCUCUCUCUUUCUCUAUGUCCGCGCUCAUCCCGCCUUCUUGACAGCAGAAAACACUUGGGUUUCCAUCGUACGGGACCGGCUGCCGCUUCUUUUGAAGCUCCAUCUCUCUUCUCACUCUCUACCAAUCAUUCUUUCUUUCUUUUCUUUAUUUUUCUCUCUCUGCUCAUCCUCCAGUUCUCUCUCCCUUCUCGCUGAGAACAGGGCUGUGUAUUGUCGGGGUUGAGGGUUUUGUGUUGUCAGCAAGAGGAGGGAACAUGCAGCAUCCUGGAGGAACAUGUGUGACGUUACCCAACGUGGACGCCUGUCCUCAGCUGUCCUGCGCUGCUCUCACCUUCAUGUAUUUACAGCAGGGUAACCCGGACACACCAGCACCACCAGACCCAUCCAUGGCCCAGGCUUACCCAUCAGCCCAGUUUGCCACCCCUCCCCAGAAUGGCAUUCCAGCUGAGUUCACAGCUUCACACCCCCAUCCACAUCCACACCCCCACCAACAUCCACACCAACACCCAGCAGUACCACAGGACUACAGCGGGGUCCAGGCCUCCGUCAGUGAGCAUCCACUCAACCUUUACCAGUCCUCACAGAGCCACAGUGAACAGAGUGGGUCAGACUCCAGCAGUCAGACGGUCACCGGCACAGCCACACAAACAGAAGAUGCCGACCAGACAGACAGUCAGCCACCAACACAGACCGUACCUGAAAGCACAGACAGCAAGGCCCAACCCAAGAGACUUCAUGUCUCCAACAUCCCCUUCAGGUUCAGAGACCCAGACCUCAGACAAAUGUUCGGUCAAUUUGGCAAAAUCUUAGAUGUGGAAAUCAUCUUCAACGAGCGUGGUUCUAAGGGUUUUGGAUUCGUAACGUUCGAGCACAGCGUGGACGCCGAUAGGGCCAGGGAGAAAUUACACGGCACUGUGGUGGAAGGCCGUAAAAUAGAGGUCAACAAUGCAACAGCCCGUGUAAUGACAAAUAAGAAGACUGUCAACCCAUAUGCAAAUGGCUGGAAGUUAAAUCCAGUGGUCAGCACUGUCUACAGUCCAGAAAUCUAUGCAGUACCAGGAUUUCCCUACCCAGCAGGUGGUGCAGCAGCAUACAGAGGAGCCCACCUACGAGGUCGAGGACGGACCGUGUACAACACAUUCAGGGCGGCUGCUCCGCCUCCCCACAUUCCAACUUAUGGAAGUGUUGUUUACCAGGAUGGAUUUUAUGGUGCAGAUAUUUAUGGUGGUUACGCUACCUACAGAUAUGCCCAGCCUACUGCUGCCACAGCUGCUGCAUACAGUGACAGUUACGGACGAGUAUAUGCUGCCGACCCCUACAACCACACACUCACUCCAGCAGCCACAUACAGCGUUGGUGCCAUGAAUGGGUUUGCCCCGCUGACAGAUGCCAAAACUCGGAGCCACGCAGACGACGUGGGGCUAGUGCUGUCCUCUCUCCAGGCUAGCAUAUACCGGGGAGGCUACAGUCGCUUCGCACCCUAUUAGCAACACCUCAAACCUUCCAACCGGACAGAAAGAAAGUGUGUGUGCGUGUGAGUGUGUAAGCGAAUGAGAAUGAAAGAACGAGUAUCAGAUGAAAGAUGUUACUGAGGCCUGGGUAUUGCAAUACAUGCAUUUUGUGCAUCAUUUCAGCAUGUCCUAACACAGAAGUACAAAAAAGAAGAAUAAAAUGACAGCUGAAAUUUUUCAUCUUAUACCUCAGAUAUUUUGUGCUGUGUAUUUUGAUAUUGUGGUUUUUUAAGUUCUAAAGAUUUAAACCUAGAAUAUCAGCUUUAGAGGUUUUUCCAUGGUACUAAUAGAGAGCUGCUAAUAAUGAUUAGGAAACAAAGGAAAUAUUUAUCAGAUUCAAAUUGUUAGGGCUUGUAUUGAACUCCAACCCUGUAAGAUAGGUCAAAGUCACACUUUGGGGUUUUUAUGUUUUGUAAGAGUGUUAAAGUGACUAUGCUAGUCAAGUGUUGUUGUUUACUUCUCUCAGCUUGCUUUGGCACUUCCUCUGUCAGUUUAGCAAUGAUACCUUUUUUACCUUUGGUUCGGGAGGAAGUAAAGAAGGCUUGGAGAACAUGGAGAUACACAAAAAGUUCAACUCCGAACUUUUGAGGGCAGGUAAAGCUGAGAGCAGCCAUGAUUGCUAUUUUUACACCCAUAAUUGCGAGGUCUCAACUUUUUUAUCUUGUUACCUUGAGAACAAACUUUACUUGUGGCUGCAAGUUUACUUUCAGAUCAGAAUUAUUUUGCCCAACCAAGAUAAUAAUCUUUCCCCAAGACACGAUCCUUUGUUGCAUCUGUCUGCAUAAUCAUGAAAUUUGCAUGUUCUGCAGCCCAAUUUCAUCCAUUCAAUCUAUCCGCCUCUGUUUGCGAGUCAAAGCAGGCUGAGAGCUGCCGCUGUAGUUAUGAUAACUAUGACAACUAACUUUUGCAGUGCAAUAUCUAGAAGCAAGUAAACUUGGACCCAAGUUGUUCUACAGCAGGUCAAUCCAUUGAAACAGCUGGUCGCAAGUAGUUUUUUGACUGAUUGCUGCUGAUGACUUAAUGCUGAUGUAACAACUGAUCUUAUGAGUUGUGUAUAAGCUCAUGGUGAUAGACAGAUAUCUCUUUUUACCAGCUCACUGCACAAAUAUUUACCACCAAAACAUUGCCAUUAAUAUUAAGCAAAAUACAAUUAUCUUACGAUGAUGGGGUAAUUAAGUUGUGAUCUCUAGAUAAAAUAACACCACAACAACAAAAAUUAGCAAUCACAGCUGCAAUGUAGUUAAGUUAUCCUUUUAGGGAGAGAAUGGUGUCAGUCAACACAUUAUUCAGGCUAUGGUUGUGUGACUAAAUAAUGUAGUCAUGUCUUACGUCACUUGAAGCCAAAGGUUCUGGCGUAUUAAUGUGUAUAGUCAAAAUUCUACAUAGAUAUGAAUUAUUAGAUCUGAAAAAAGGAUUGCCAUGGCAACUAAACUAUUCAACCUUUUAUUUGCUUUGUCUAGUGAUAUGAAAAAGAAUUACAGCCGUGUGAAUUAAAAAAAAUAAAUUUGAUAUGAUAAAUUAAAUUAAUUGCAGAAUUCAGAGAUGAAAUGUUUUGUGGCACUACUCCUCUUCCAUACUCAGUGUUCACCAUCCAGACGUAGAUGUUUUUUGUAUAAACUUCUAAUAUAUUCAUUGGUAUAACUUUUAUAUUACAGGAGAGAUUUAAAAAAAAUUAAAAAAAUAACAGUGGCCAAAUCCACUGUGUAUAUUUUAUCUUUUUGUUAAUUUUGUUUCGCCUUGAUUAUUUUAUUUUAUAAUUAAAAUAUAAAGGGGUAAAGUAUAAUAAUCCAACAAUGUAUUAUAUUUGAACUGUGCAGUGAAUAUGUUCUCUUAUAUGAAACACACAAUGGUAUAAUGUUUUAGAUGUAGACAAGUAUAUCGGUUGUUAGGACAAGCUAUUUCAUUUUCUAUCAAAUCAUAUUCAGAUUUUUACAAAGAAAGUAAUGUAGAUAGUAUUAUUUAUCCAUUUCUUGGUCAGUUGUAUUAUUUUGCACAUGGUCCUUGUAAAUUUUACAUAACCCUAGACAUAUCAGUGCUGUAGUUGUAAUCUUUCUUACUUUUUUUUUUUUAUCAGUUCUGUAAUUUCGGAUUCUUUCUAUUUCCUGUCAUUCUUAACGUGACAUCCUUUCUGUUAUUUUCUAGAAAUGAACCUUUACUCUUUGAAAAUUAACUGUUUGAAUAUUAUAAUACUAAUUAAAUAUGAGAAAUAAAUGAUUUGUGAACAAGCUAAUCUAUGAUGUAAAUAUAAGUUAAUGGAAUAAAUCUGUAGUGUAUUUGAAAAGCGCUACAUGGGCAACAGGAGUUCUGCUACGGCUGCAUUGCAAGCCAGCCUACGGGCCGCUUCCUGUGCCAUAUUCUGUUUACAAAUAUUCCCAAUUAGUGGUAUUGUUACAUAUCUCUCUUUUUGAUAAGGAAAACUCUCAGAUGCAUCACAUUACAAAAAAGGCAGCAGUAAGAGCCUGGCUCCGCUUGUUCAAAUCUUCACCUGUGUGCUGUGUGUGAGGACUGUCGAUCAGAAACUGGAUCAUUCAUAGUCCUCUCCAUGCUGAAUGUCUGACUCUGCAACUACUUUAUACAAGCUCUGCUUCCAGUUGGUGUUCAAAACAACGCUUCCUCUCCAGUCAUUGUAUGUGCAUGUACUAUGGUUCUUCCACUAAUCAGUAACCAUUAAUAAAGUUUUGUUUUCUCAA